AUGAUAAAUACUAGUGAAGAACUUCAGAAGUUUGUUAGUUAUAUUGUAUCAGCCACAAAAAUGGGUAUAUCAAUGACACCAAUUAAAAAUAUUAGCAAAUAUGACUUACUGAGCAUUCCUAAAAAUUGGCACGAAAAUUUUUAUUUGGAAAUGAAUGCUGAAGUAAAUGCUCAACUGGAAUCAAUCGCUAGACGUAUUCUAACUGAAGAAGAAAUAAAUAACAGCAGUUGGAACUUUUAUGAAUCAGUAUUUUUUGUGAUAACAGUUAUUACAACUAUAG